CGGAGCGAAGCUGCAGCCGCGAUGGCCACUACCGUGACCUGCACCCGCUUCACCGACGAGUAUCAGCUUUACGAGGAAAUUGGCAAGGGGGCUUUUUCAGUUGUGCGGCGCUGUGUCAAACUUUGCACUGGACAUGAAUACGCAGCGAAGAUUAUCAACACCAAGAAGCUCUCGGCAAGAGAUCACCAGAAGUUGGAGCGAGAAGCUCGCAUCUGCCGUCUCCUGAAGCAUUCCAACAUUGUUCGCCUCCAUGAUAGCAUAUCCGAGGAAGGCUUCCACUACCUCGUCUUUGAUCUGGUCACAGGCGGUGAGCUCUUUGAAGACAUCGUUGCCAGAGAAUACUACAGUGAAGCUGAUGCAAGUCAUUGCAUCCAGCAGAUCCUGGAGGCUGUUCUCCAUUGCCACCAAAUGGGGGUCGUCCACAGAGACCUCAAGCCGGAGAACCUGCUUUUGGCCAGCAAAUGCAAAGGAGCAGCGGUGAAAUUGGCAGAUUUUGGCUUGGCGAUUGAGGUGCAAGGAGACCAGCAGGCCUGGUUUGGCUUUGCAGGUACUCCUGGCUAUCUUUCUCCAGAAGUUCUACGCAAAGAAGCUUAUGGGAAACCUGUGGAUAUCUGGGCGUGCGGUGUUAUUCUCUACAUCUUACUGGUGGGUUAUCCUCCUUUUUGGGAUGAGGAUCAGCACAAGCUGUACCAACAGAUUAAGGCUGGUGCCUAUGAUUUUCCUUCCCCUGAAUGGGACACAGUCACUCCUGAAGCAAAAAACCUCAUAAAUCAGAUGCUAACCAUCAACCCUGCAAAGAGAAUCACAGCACACGAAGCUCUGAAACAUCCAUGGGUCUGUCAACGUUCAACAGUGGCCUCAAUGAUGCACAGGCAGGAGACCGUAGAGUGUCUGAAAAAGUUCAAUGCAAGAAGGAAGCUCAAGGGCGCCAUUCUUACCACUAUGUUGGCAACGAGAAACUUUUCAGCAGCUAAGAGUUUACUGAACAAGAAAGCAGACGGCGUAAAGCCUCAGACAAACAGCACCAAAGGCGGCGCCGGGGUUACCAGCCCGAAAGGAACUCUUCCUCCAGCAGCACUGGAACCUCAAACCACCGUUAUCCAUAACCCAGUGGACAGCAUUAAGGAAUCAUCCGACAGCACAAACACCACCAUAGAGGAUGAGGACACGAAAGCCUCCAAGCUCUCUGAUGUAUUAGGCCUGGUGAAAAAGGGAUCAGGUCCCCCAGUUGCUGAAGACCCAGCCACUUCUUCCCCCUACAUGGCUCCAGCUAUUGCAAGCCCUCUCCCUCCCCAGUCUGCCAAACUCUGCGAUGUGUUAGGCAUGGUGAAAAGGGGCUCUGCGCCUCCAGAAAGUGAAGAGCCAAAGACCUCCAUCCCCUUUUCUGGGCCACCUCCUCUGCUCACCAGUCCUCUUUCUCCCUCAUCCUCCAAGUUGUCUGAUGUCCUAAGCAUGGUGAAAAGGGGCUCUGGAGCCCCAGAAGCUGAGGGGCCACAGCCUGCUGUCACCCAGUUUUUCCCAUUUCCACCCAUUCCUAACCCUCUUCCUUCAGAUCCCCGCAAACAGGAAAUAAUCAAGAUAACGGAGCAGCUGAUAGAAGCUGUAAACAAUGGCGAUUUUGAGGCCUAUGCAAAAAUAUGUGAUCCAGGCCUAACUUCAUUUGAACCUGAAGCGUUGGGCAAUCUUGUUGAAGGGAUGGACUUCCACAGAUUUUACUUUGAAAACUUGUUAUCUAAGAACAACAAGCCCAUUCACACAACCAUCCUGAACCCUCAUGUGCACGUCAUUGGGGAAGAUGCCGCCUGCAUUGCCUACAUCCGCCUGACACAGUACAUUGAUGGGCAGGGCCGUCCUCGCACUUGCCAGUCCGAAGAGACCCGUGUCUGGCACCGCCGAGAUGGCAAGUGGCAGAACGUUCACUUCCACUGCUCGGGAGCUCCAGUGGCCCCUCUCCAGUGAAGAACUCAUGCUGGCUGUUCUGAUUUCAUCCCGAAGGAGAUGGUGAUUUCAGCUGAGCCACUAGCCGGGAGCAGCAGUGACAAGCACGCGCCCGCAUGCUCGUGUCCCCCAUUCCCCAUCCUUCCCCCGUUUCAUUUCCAGUGCCUGUGUUUGCAAAAAGAGAGAGAGAGACAGAGAAACACAUAAGAAAAAAAAAAUCCAAGCAGACUUGAUUAUUUAAAAAAACAAAAAAGCAAACCCAGCCAAACCCAUUCAGCUGUCUGACUUGCAGCCUGACCAUAAUGCACUCACCAUCCCUACCGACUCCAUUUUUUUUUUUUGGUGUGCAGCUGUUUCAGUGACCAGAUGUUGCAGUGAAAAAUGUCUCAACUUCAGAAAAAACAAAGGCCCCACCUCCUCCCUGUAUCAAUCCUGGUGUUGAACAGUGUUAAGUUUGUUUAGUGAAUAUGCACAUACACACACACUUAAUUUACCGGACCUUGGUUCAGCGGGCUUCAGAUGCAGUGGACAAAAUCUGCCCAUGCACUUUUUGCAUCUGCUCCUUUACCAUUUGACGCACGUGUAAAAUACACAUUUGCCAUUUUACACAUGUAUUAAAAAUAAUUGCAUUUUACAAUUUUUUAGAUGUAAUGGACAUCCCUUCCCCCAUUAGUCUGUUAAAUCAAGAAUUUAUUGUAUAUAUAUGUGUGUGUGCGUGUGUGUGCGUGCUUGCACACACACGUACAUAAAGCCGCAUACAGAGCCCCUUUUUAUAGUAUUUGCAUUCUCUGCCAAAAGUAUGGGCCUUUUUCUUGGGUGAUUGUGUUCGCGCUUGGAAGUCUGUGAUCAGUGCUACCAUUUUGUUUUGAAGAAGACACUCCCAGACUGAUUCAUUUCCUUUCUCCUCUAGCUGUGGUUGUGGAUUAUGAUGAUGGCAAUUAUUCAGCCUCUUCGUUUAAUUUGUUUUUUCCUCUGAAUAGAGGGGGACCCUAUUGGUGGUGGAGGGGUUUUGCUUUCUGGGCUAACACCACUGCCAAUGAUUUUCUGGUAGGCUGAUGACUGCACCUGUCCUGACGGGUCUGUAGAUGAAAGAUAGCCUUGGCGUUAUAUAUAGGCUUCACUGCAGAUUGUUGGAUAUCUGCAUUCGCAUUAGCACUUAA